AUGGGGCAACAGGGAGAGGCGUUGUUCCUGCAGUCCAAGUACCUCAGCUUGUAUGCGUUAGCAACAAUCUCAUGCUUGGAUGCCUCCAUGGCUUCAACAUGGGCGUCAAACGAACAACAUACUCAUGUUCGAGGUGAAAGUAGGCCUGUAGGCCUCCUUGCGGUCGAGCAGGGUAGUGACAAGUGA